AUGAACACGGCAAGUUAUCUCCCACCACAAGCGGACAUCGAAGCAAAAGUCCCCAUUCCCACGGACGAACCGGUCCUGCUCGAGGAACAAGAAAACCCUAGAUGCUGGUCUGCGGGGAAGAAAUGCAACAUCUACACAGCCGCCAUUCCAUCCAUUUCACAUGCGUACGGCUGCUCGUCAACGGUCGCAACGCUGGGCAUUACCACGUUCCUAUUGGGUUUCGCGUCCGGACCCCUGCUAUUUGCACCGCUGUCUGAGGUCUGGGGUCGCAAUACAAUCUUCCGGCUCGUUCUGGGGCUGUUCGUCCUGUUCCAGAUUGGAUGUGCUCUAGCUCCCAACGUGGCGUCGAUGAUCGUUUUUCGUUUCUUUUCGGGCUUUUUUGGAUCUCCCACUGUCACUAACUCUGGCGGGUCCAUCACGGAUAUUUGGCCCCAGGAUAAUCGGUCUGUGCCGCUGGCCCUCUUCUCCGCGGCCAGCUUCCUGGGCCCCGUCAUUGCACCCACAGUGGGCGGUUUCAUCUGUCAGUACACGUCGUGGAGGUGGAAUUUCUGGGUGGUGCUGAUCCUCAGUGGUGUCUGCUACGUUGCCAUGACGGUGUUUCUUCCCGAGACAUAUCCCCCCAAGCUGCUGAUGGACAAACGACGAUCCAUGCCGGGCUAUUCCCCAGCCAAUCAACCCCCCGUCAAGGAGAUGCUGUACACGACACUCACGCGGCCCUGGCUGAUGCUCUUCACGGAGCCAAUCCUGUUUUUGCUGUCCCUGUAUAUGGCUCUUGUCUACGGUAUCCUCUACCUGGAUUUCACGGCCUAUCCUGUCGUCUACCGCGAAACACGAGCCUGGUCCGCGAGCAUUGCAGGACUUUCCUUUUUGGGUAUCUGUGUCGGCAUGGCCAUCGCCACCCUGAUCUCGCCAUAUGUCAAUCAAAUCCAUGGCAUCUACGUGCGACGCCUGGGCGGACCCCAGCCGGAGGCUCGCCUCCCCCAUUUGAUCGUCAUCUCCUGGCUAAUCCCCGUCAGCUUGUUCUGGUUUGCCUGGACGGCAUCACCGCCGACCCAUUGGAUCUCAGGUAUCGUCGCCGGUGUUCCCUUUGGUUUUGGCCUCAUCCUGCUCUUCCUAGGGAUCACGUCAUAUCUGACAGACUGCUACGGCUCGUUUGGGGCGAGUGCUCUGGCAGCAAAUGCGGUGCUGCGUUCCCUGUUUGGGGCCGUGUUUCCCCUCUUCUCGACGUCUUUGUAUCAUUCCCUAGGGACAUCGUGGGCAACGAGUCUAUUGGGAUUCGUGGCUCUGGCGAUGGCGCCAUUACCGUGGGUGUUUUAUCGAUUCGGGCCGCGAAUCCGCUCGCGGAGCAAGUAUCAUCUGAAGACGAGGGAGUAUGAUGAGUAG